AUGAGUUGGUGUGAUGGUUCAGAUGAUAACUACGACCUCAAUCUUGAAAGAGCUUCCAACAUUGAUCAUCCAUCGAUUCAACUCAAAGACCAAUCUCAAUCAUGUGUUACGAGCGGUCCAAAUUCCAAGAUUAUCGUUGAAUCUCACAUCAUGACUUGUCCUUCUUGUGGACAUAAGAUUCAUCAACAAGACGACCAGGUUGGAAGCAUCAAAGAUUUACCAAGCUUACCAGCAGGAGUCAAAUUCGAUCCAUCUGAUAAAGAGAUCCUUAUGCAUUUGGAGGCGAAGGUUUCAUCCGAUAAGCAAAAAGUUCAUCCGUUGAUCGAUGAAUUUAUACCAACACUUGAAGGAGAGAAUGGAAUUUGUUAUACGCAUCCUGAGAAACUUCCUGGAGUGAGCAAAGACGGUCAAGUACGGCACUUCUUCCAUCGGCCAUCGAAGGCUUACACGACCGGAACACGAAAACGUAGAAAAGUGAGCACCGAUGAGGAAGGACACGAGACACGGUGGCACAAAACAGGCAAGACCCGACCCGUUUUGUCCCAAUCAGGAGAAGCCGGUUUCAAGAAGAUCCUAGUGCUCUACACCAACUAUGGUCGCCAAAAGAAACCCGAGAAGACGAAUUGGGUGAUGCAUCAAUAUCAUUUAGGCCACAAUGAAGACGAAAAAGAUGGUGAACCAGUCCUCUCUAAAGUCUUCUACCAAACACAGCCUAGGCAAUGUGGUGGUUCGACCGAGACUAAACCGAAGAAUAUCGUAAACCUUAACCGGUUUGGCUAUGAAAAUCUUCAGGCUGGUUAUGGGUAUGAGGAUGGAGGGAAACGUGAAGAGACGACGCAGGUUAUUCGAGAGUUGGUGGUUCGUGAAGGUGACGGGUCAUGUUCGUUUCUUAGUUUUACUUGUGAUGCAAGUAAGGGUAAAGAAAGCUUCAUGAAGAAUCAAUAG